AUGUCUUAUGAUCAGCUAUCAUCCCUCGAGGCCGGCCGAUCGGGCCGCCAGGGCAACUACACCGACGACCCCGAGUUCAAGCAACUCCAGUCUCAGUUGACCAACAAAAUCUUCAGUCUGCGGCGCAACAUCCAGCAGCUCACUACAGACGUCAACAUUCUCGGAACGAAGCGCGACACCCCCCGUGUUAGGGAACGAGUCCACGACCAUCUCGAGAAGACCCGCGACCUGUGCAAGGAGAUUGGAGAUGGAGUCAAGAAGCUCCAGACCUGGGACGACUUGACGAAACAACAAAAGUACGAUCAGUCCAGAAUAUCAACCGACUUCCAGAACGUCCUCCAAGAGUUCCAGGACAUCCAGAGGAAGGCGCUCGAGAAACAGCGGGCAUCCGUCACAGCUGCGCGCGCGGUAUCGGAGGGCGAGGGGGCCGACGCAUCGGCCGGAAGCGACGGUCGGCUCGAGCUACAGCAACAGCAGCAGCAGCAGGAGGUCAGCCGCCUGGCAUCACAAGAUGAAGUGGAUUUCCAGGAAGCGCUCAUCGUCGAGCGCGAAGAGGAGAUCCGGAACAUUGAGCAGGGCGUUGGCGACCUGAACGUACUGUUUAGACAGGUAGCGCAGAUUGUGACGGAACAAGGGGAGCAACUUACAUCGAUUGCGGACAACGUAGAAGACGUGCGCGACGACACUCGCGGCGCGCAGGUCGAGCUCCGACAGGCGGCAAGACACCAAAAAGCAGCACGCAACAAGGGGUGCUGCCUGAUGCUGAUUCUGGCCGUCAUCCUCACCAUCAUCAUUCUAGCAAUCGUAUUGGAUUAG